CUAUCUCACCGGGAGGAGUUGAUGCCGCCGUAGCCGCCGCCGCCGCCGAAGCCGGGGCUGAUGGAUGCCAGGGAGUGCCGCAUUGCUUAGCGUCCCCGCCUCCGGGUUUGCUGAAAAGCUGCGGGAAAGGAGGAGCAACAGGGGACUGACUGAACACCAGAGACAAUUUCCUGUGAAGAAGAGGAAGCAGGCAGCAUCGAGGUGUGGAGGCUGGAGUGCGGUGGUGGUGGCAAGGGCCAGGUGUGUUGUGGGACAGUCAGCAAGGGGAAGGGAAGGCUCAGGAACCAGCGGAACAAUGACUCAUUUACAAGCUGGUCUCUCUCCUGAGACCCUAGAGAAAGCUCGCCUGGAGCUCAACGAGAACCCAGAUACACUGCAUCAGGACAUCCAGGAGGUGAGGGAUAUGGUCAUCACUAGGCCGGACAUUGGCUUCCUGCGCACGGAUGAUGCCUUCAUUUUACGCUUCUUGCGGGCGAGGAAGUUUCACCACUUUGAGGCCUUCCGCCUCCUGGCCCAGUACUUUGAGUACCGGCAGCAGAACCUGGAUAUGUUCAAAAGCUUCAAGGCCACUGACCCCGGCAUCAAGCAGGCGCUGAAGGAUGGCUUCCCUGGGGGCCUGGCCAAUCUGGACCAUUACGGCAGGAAGAUUCUAGUCCUUUUUGCUGCCAACUGGGAUCAGAGCAGGUACACGCUGGUGGAUAUUUUGCGUGCCAUCUUACUUUCUUUAGAAGCCAUGAUUGAAGAUCCUGAACUUCAGGUAAAUGGAUUUGUUUUGAUCAUAGACUGGAGUAACUUCACCUUCAAGCAAGCCUCUAAACUUACGCCAAGCAUGCUGCGAUUGGCUAUUGAAGGCCUUCAGGAUAGUUUCCCAGCACGAUUUGGAGGAAUUCAUUUUGUCAAUCAACCAUGGUAUAUCCAUGCCCUGUAUACAGUGAUCCGGCCUUUCCUAAAGGAGAAGACUCGGAAAAGGAUAUUUCUGCAUGGUAACAACCUAAACAGCCUCCACCAACUCAUUCACCCCGAGAUCCUGCCCUCUGAGUUUGGAGGAAUGCUGCCCCCUUACGACAUGGGGACGUGGGCAAGAACGCUGCUGGACCACGAAUAUGAUGAUGACAGUGAAUACAGUGUGGACUCCUACAGCAUGCCUGUGAAGGAGGUGGAGAAGGAGCUCUCCCCCAAGUCCAUGAAGAGAUCCCAGUCAGUAGUGGAUCCUACGGUACUAAAGCGCAUGGAUCAAAAUGAGGAAGAAAACAUGCAACCUCUGCUCUCUCUGGACUGAUAACUUCUCUACACCCUCCAUGGAUUUGAAAUGAAAGGUACCUGUUUUCAACAACAGGGCCAGCACUGUGGAGGAAUUACCAGCUGGAAACUUAUGUGUUCAUGUUAAUGUAGCAUAAUAUACAUGGCAACAGGCUUUCCCAUUUGCCUGAACCAUGGGUGCCCUGGUCUGGAUUUAAAAUAAAAGUCAAUAAUUUAUUCUGUAAGUGCCAAGUUCUCUGUAAAUACAAUGUAAUGUUCAUUGUUUAACAUUUGUAAAUGUUACAAAUUAAACUGAUAGUUUAAUUUUGGUAGUAACUUAAAUUGGAAAAGGUUGGCUCUUGAGUCCAUGCCAGUGACGGGAACUAUUAACAAAAACCAGAAAAGACACACAAUCAAAGCUGAUUAAAUGUAGCCCUGUUUCCUAUGAAGCCAUAUUUCAUCUAUCAUAGUGAUUGUUUCAUUGUUUUUUUCUGAAACUCUAUCACAUUCAAAUGUACUUCUAAUGAACAUAGGUAAAAAAAUGACUUUAGGAAAUUAUUAUGAUAAAUGUAUUUCCUGUCUAGUGAUUUUCAUUUCACAGAAAAUGUGUCCUAGUGACUACCAUUGGCCUUGCAUUUUGGAGGCAAGGGAUGGCAGAUGAGCUGGUAAACUGAACACUUCAACUCUUCUAUGUUGUUUAAGUCCUGUAGUCUUGUGAAAAGAUGUUAGCCAAACUAAGAUGUGGAAUUCUGAAAGAGAGUGGAUUCUUUUAAACUGCUGUCUUCACAAACUGUCCUUUAUUCAAGACCCAUUGUAUCCCUGUCUGAUGUACUUUAAAGACAUUUUCCCCAAAAAUCUCUUUAACCAAGAGAAAGAGAACUCAUAUGUGAAUAAGCGUUUGACAGCUAAUUUUAAACAUAAAAGUUGUCACACAUGGAUAGGGGGCUAAUUUCUAUGUAUUCACACACAUAUAUAUUUUUACUGAGCUCUAGGUAAUAAAUUAUUGAUGUGAUAGGCUUAUAGAAUAAAUCCUACAUAUCCAAAGGUCUUAGAGAUAUUAUAGAUAAUUACAUGAGAUGCCAACUCUGGAAAACCACUUCCACUAAGUUGAUGAAAAUGAGGUAUAGUGAAACAAACUUUCAGGGAAUUAAGGUCAUUCCAGUUUAAUUUGUAAUGCAAUCUUGAAUCUGUGCCAUUUUAGUGAAAUUUAUUUUUCCUUCAAAAAAAAAAUACAACAGGUUCUCAACAUAGUAUAGGCAGAAUCAGGUGAAAUGAUCCUAUAAGUACCCAUUUUCUUCCCAGAGAAGAUUGAAAGGACAUAUUACAUCCAGGAGACAUAGUGAAACCAUCUGAGGGCAUCUGAGAUAGCAUAUUACAGUUCAAAUUUAGAUUUGGAAUCCUUAUGUUAUUUAAAUUUUUAUUUCAUAAAAAUUCUGCAAUUAUAGCACACUUAAAAAAUCUACUUUAAAUUUCAAAUUCCAGUGUGAAAAAACAAGAUUUUUACCACCUUUCAAAGUGGUAGUUUUUGAGAUUGAGAAUUUACCACUAAAAUAUUCUUCUGAAAGAAAAAUAUCUCAAGGAACUUUUGGAAACCAACAGAAAUAAGGGCUUGUAGCAGUCUUUAUAUGCCUUUUAGCCAAAAGCUUCAAAAAUUCCAGUUAUAAUUCUACAACCACAAAUCUUAAGAUCAGUACAUCAGUCUGCAGUAUCACCAAUGGACUAUCUAGCAUUUGCAAAAAAAAUAUGCAAAUAUACAUAAAUAAUAUGAAUGAAAGAUACUUUAAAAGUACAACCACCAAUCAAGUGCAGAAGAAUAAUGGCUGUCAGGUACUCUGCUCUACCCACAGAUGUUACGGAGAUUGAAAUGAAUGGGGGAUAAAAAGCUACAGCGAUUCUUACCUUUGUAAGAACCCUAAUCAUUGGUGUUAUGUUUUUGUCUACCUGAAAUACAUUUUAUAGCCUUGAGCUUUGUAUACUAAAAGAGCAAGUAUUAGGCAAUAUGAUGCAAUGGAAUAAAAUAGAUACUAAGUACAGAAGGUCAGUCAACUUUCUGCUCUCAUGAGUUUCUCUUAGGAUGCACCAUUUAUUGUCAAUUUUCAGGAUUCUACCAGCUUCAUAUGUCAGCCAAUACAGUCAGCUUCUUUCCCAUAUCAUUAGGCUAGGGUCAUAUAUAAAAAUAACUAAAAAGACAUAUUCGAUGUGACAACUAUCUAAUUAGAAGUAUCUGCACUAUCUUCCUACCCAACAUUUGGAAACUUUGUAUCAGUAGUGCUGCUCAUCUGCUCUUCUUCAAAUGAGCAAUUGAGAGUUGGCUGGAUUGUAUAACAUAUUUUUAAAUGAAUGAACAAAUUACAACAAUGAUGCCUUUUCAAACUGCUAUAUGUAGUUCAGUCUGUGAGUAAGCUCAUUCUCUAGGAAUGUUUCUGAAGCUACUUAGUCAAGGGACAUUUGUAAUAUCAUACAUUUUCAUUUUCUCCUCAGCAUUACCUAGGUAGCACCGUUUAGGAAUUUUUCCCUCAAGUGAUGUUUUGUUUCAUGUAGUUGGUCUGUUGUCACAUAAUUUAGUAAUAAGCACCCCUAUAUUCUUUCAACUGAAUUGUGGUAGCAGCCACCACUGACACACACACACACACACACACACAGCAUGAGGUGGUGCGCCCUCCUGAACUGCCUUUCUAGUUUGAGAGCUUUGUUUCGCUCUUUUAGUUGUCUUGCUACUGAACAGGCACAGACAUUAAAGAAUGACCGCAUUUGAUUUGGAAGAGGCCCGUAGUCCUCUUACUUCUCUCACCCCACCUGUUCCAUUUCCUAUUUUUAAAUAUCUUUUCUUUCUUCCAUGGUUUCAGGGCAGCUGCUUCCAAUGCUCGUUUAAAAAUAAAUAACUUAUGUUGUCAGUGAUAUUUACACACAUUUUGGACUGAUAUUUAAAAGGGAAGAGAGUAUCAUGAAAAUGCUCUAAGAACUAUGAAGUGCCUCUUUAAGAUUGGUAUAAAGCAGUGAUACUAGGAUAGAGAUUCUAUUUGUACUCUCUUCCAAAACGUAAAUAUACACACUUAGAAGGGUGAAAUAUAGAUAUCGCUUUGGAGAAGAGUAUUUGAGGCCUUGCUUUGAGCAUUCCUAUAGAGUGUUAUGUCUUUUUUGGGCAAAGCUCAAAACCUUAACUGGAACACUGGUUAUCUACAAACCUGAAAUGAUGCUAAAACAAUAUACAACUAUUAGAUAGAGGUUUGCAAGCAAGUUUUUGAAGUGGGCAUGCAUGGUUUCUUUUAUUUCAAUAAUAGUUUGCAUAAGUGUAGGCAGAGGCAUUCCUUAAGUCUUUUCAUAUAAAAUGCUUGUUUAUAGUACUGCAAAUCAUACCUUUACAAGCAGGAAAGCCAAGCGACUAGGCUCUCUAUAAUACUGUUAAUAGGUUACAUUGUUUUGAACAUUUGAAGUUUCUGUAAUAUUCCUGAGGGAACACAGGUCUUCUAAUGCAUUAAGAAAAUGGAGAGUUUUGUAGACAUCAGGGAACAUGUUUAUCACUCUUCACAAAAAAAAAAACCCUUACAACCAUUUUGCAGUGGGUCUUUGGGAACAGACAUCCUUUCCUUCUUCAAACAAUGUAAAGAUUUAUGGACAUAUCUGUGGCCCUUUAGAAAAAGUAUAGCAAGAAAACCUGCUAAGAGGCUGUACAUUCUUCUGUGUACACUCUUCUGUUGUUUUAUCCAAAUAUCUAACCAGUCUGGUUAGUUAAUAAUAAUCUCUUUUGCUUCUUAUUGUGUGUCUAUUUAUUAGUGAUUACUUGAAAAGUUGCCAUCAGCCAUGAGGACAUUUCAGAAUGCUUUUCAACACACAAAAUACAAUGAGCAGAGUUCCUGCAUGAUAUUUGAACUCUUAGACAUGGUAUUUACAUUUUUUAUAUUAAUAAGCUAUAAAAGCAUAUAUUCCAUUUUAAAUGUGCCAUAUAAAUAUAUAGCCUAAAAACAGUGGUGCAUUUUAAAUUUAGGAGGCCAUUAGAUCACAUAAAGAAUCAGCAGGUUAUGUAAAAUUUAUUGAAAAAAAAGUAGACAAUUGGCCAAAUAAUCCAGGAUGUAUAAUUACCUUCAGUGGUGAGAAGGGGUUUUUUUUUUUUUUCUUGUUUGUUUUGGUUGAAAAACUGCUUUCCAAUAUGCUAUUGGAACUAGUUAGCACUAUUUACUAGCUUGUAAGGGGACAAAAAAGUAAAAACACUAAAGGAAACUUGGCUUUGAGACAUUAUUAUAUCAUGAUCAUAAUGGCUUAGAGAAUAUAAUUUUUUUUCAUGAAUUCAAGUUUUUAUUUGGUAAUUAUCCACACAUGGAAAUAAUAUUAUGAAGUAUACUCUGUGCUAAGUGUAGAACUUUUUUCCCCUGGACUGUAGGAAAAAUAUAGCAAUUCUGUGAAUUUAAACACCCCAAUAGUACUAUUUUUUAAAGGAGAAUGAGUACAAAUGCUACUGUUAAAAAAAAAGGUAUUUAGAAACCAAGAAAGCAUAAACUUAAAUACAGUAAAUGCACUUAUACAGUAAAUAGUGGACAUUGUUAUAAUUUAGGAAGUGUUUGUCCAGUGUUUGACUUAGUUUCAAGUUUCCAUGCAAGUAUUUUUGUCCUUAAUAAUAUUUAUGUAUUUAUUCUGUCAAAAUUAUUUUUUUGUGGUGAAUGAAAAGGAUCGAUGAAAUCUGAAAUAAAUUUUAACAAACUUUUAAAAACCAACCCUCAACUAUUUUGAAAAAUUGCAACGGGCUAUAAUUGGUUUACAUGCAACAGAUGUUCAAAGCAUCGUCUUUAUAAUCCAGUUUUUCAGUUUUCAUAUUUGUUUAAAAGAUGAAUACUACUCCAAAACUGAAGUAGUUUUUGUUUUUAAAACUGUCCAAAAACAACCAAAAUGUCUGAAGUAAUUAUGCAAGUCCUUGAUAAGACUGCUAAGCAAACUAAUUACUGUUUGGCUCAAAUACCUUUUGAGGGAGUUAUUUGUUCCAAUACAAUAUUAUAAAUGGUAUAACAUAAUUUUUUAGUAUGCAUUUCUGUUUUUAAAAAGUAUUUAUUUUGCACAUGGCGAAUUUUGAAUUUGAUAGUACGGGAUCUGUUGCAUCUGUGAAAUGCUAGAUUUCUAAAUAGUCAUCUACAAUUGGACAAUAAUAGUUUUACUUGGAGAGAAAUUAUAAUUAGCUAUUUAGGUUAGGAUACCUGAAAUCUUUUGAUAUUUGUGUUUGGGAUUUAAAGGAGAAAACACAUAAUUCAGUUCAUCAAAAUGACAUUUUCAGUAUUCUAUAAUUUCUAGACCAGGUUUCAAAGGAUCGUUUGAAUGAAGGAGUAAGCUAAUUGUUAAAUUGCAUAUUGCAUAGGGAACGAUCACUAAAUAAAAUAACAGUCACAUUUUUAUGUAAAUUUAUUGAACUAGACAAGGUAGACAAGGGACUAAAUUCAGAAAUUUGAAUUAUAAAAAAGCACUAUUUAAAAAAAAUACUAAUUAUAAAUAAUCCCAGUUCCAAAUAUUAAGUAAAAUAAAAAUAUUCAGCCUGACUUGAAAAAAAUGCUUACUCAAUAAAUACCCAUUUUGAUCUUCUGUGAGUUUCCCUCAUUCAUCCUACCUAUAGAUGAAAAAUUAUCUGAGGGAAAAGAGCUAUUUACCUAGAACCCUCUAUGAUGGACUUCAUGAGUCUCUUUGGCUCCAUGCAGAUGGUUUUCCAGUACACAGCUUUUGAGGUUAGCAAGAAUCAUUUUGCCACCUCUUCCUGAAGGCUUGUCUGGAUCCCAAGUUUCUAGCAGCAACGGAAGAAGCGUCCUGUGUGGGAUAAGCCCAGCGUGACCAGAGAACGCACGGAAAGCCAGAGAUGAGGUCUCUACUUCUCAUCACUGAAAAGUGCAUUGAAGUGUAUUUUUAAUUAUAAAUACAGAAAACUAUUUCAAAAGAGUAAGGAUUUCUGAUAUCAAGAGUUAAAUACUUAGCCA